CACUCACUCCCACAUCCCACAUCCCACAUCCCUCCUCCCUUUCUACAACGUCGACUUACCCAUCCUACCCCGCUCAGAGCAGCUCGCAGCCCUCGCCGGCCACCACCACGAGCCUCAUCGCACAAGUAACCGAGCCAGACGCGUCCAGCCUCGGUGCAUAUAUACUCGUCCUCGCCCGCCCUACCCUUACCACCCUUGGCUUUCAGUGUUUGUGUCACCACCACUCUUCUCUUUUCUUUCAUCCUCGCAACCCAUCAUCAGAUCCAUUCCAAAGCAUCAUCGACACGGCACACUGUCGCAGCACACCACUCCCCAGUUCAACAAGCCCAGUGGUGCUGCCACCGUCACCACCCGCCGCGCUUGAAUUUCCUUGUUGUUGUUCUGCAACUCGUCCGGCGCAGACUAAACCCACAAGGACCCCUCACCGCGCGCCGUACACCCGCCACCGCGGACACGCUGGCCCAUCAUGCCCCUCCUCAAGCGCAAGCCGGUGCUCAUGCACCACCUGCCAUCAUUCGGCGCCAUUGUCCAGCCUGUGAAUCCACCGGCAAACCCUGCGGCCACCUCCACCGCCGACGGCCAGUCGGACCCCUCCGCGUCGGCACCACCAGAACCACCCGCCGCAGCCCCCGUGGAUCUCCCACAGGACGCCAAUGAUGACGACGAGCAGCUGGACAAGCUUCUGACUGCACUAAACGACCCCGUGCUUGCCGCGCCUGUACCACGGCGUAGCAAGGUCGACAAGGCAGCCAACGGUCAACCAGCUGCCGUCAACGGAGGUGCCAAUGCUCUCAUGCCGCCGCCCCCACCAGGACCAAGCUACCGUGUGAAGAACGUCGAGGUGUUCUACAUGCCCGAGACGGGAGAAAUCUUUCUGGAUUACGAGUCGUAUGCUGCUCGGAGGGCGUUCUACGACUUGCCGUUGUUCCAAUGCGAAGUCAGCGGCAGGUCAGCCUUGUCAUUCUUCGACGCGCGUGAGAAUGAGACGUACGAGGUGAAGCAGCUGCACGCUAGGUUCCCCAAGCCGCUCAAGAAGGCUGUCUUGCAGUCGGUCCAGUUCCAGGUCGAGGGCAAGCUCGAGACGCUGGCGGACAAGAUCUUUGAGCGUUUCGUCAAUCGCUUCUUCGACGACGAGAAGGUGUUUAUCGACGUCCAGGGUGACAAGUACCUCGCCCGCGUCGUCCGGACCUUCCCACCCAAGAACUUAGUUUUACCCCCAGGAGUGGAAGCCCCUUCCUACCACCCAUACGCGACUGACCUCAACAUGGACCUUGCCGACGUGAACGAGCACGACGACCCAAUGAAGUACUUUUACCAGGUCCGCCUGAUCGAGGAAGGAGGGGAUGGUGGCGCCGAGUAUGCCAGCACCAACGGCGCCAGUCAUGAGCCCGAGGAUGAUGGCAAGGGAGAGAAGUGGCAGGGAAGUGUGAUGGAGGUUCAGGCCGACAAGAUCAGCCGUGACCGCAUCAACUACUCUCGAGCCAUGCUCAAGCGCUUCAUCCGUGACUGUGUCAGUCGUGACGCCGCAAUCUGCUCGCCCUGGCUUGUCAAGAAGCCCGUCGCAGCACGGUACGCUAUCCCAACCGAGAUGCCCGAGGAUCAGAGGCUGCGUAUCGUGGAGGCCAAGGAGCGCCAAAUGGGCAAACGAAAGCGCGACCGUGAGGACCGUCUCGGCCUACCUCACAGCGAAGACGAGCAGGCAGUCGAAGAACAGCCACCAAAGAAGACGAAAAAGACCAAGGAGGAGAGGGAGCGGGAGAGGGAGCAGAACAAGCUCAACAAGGAGUCUGAAAAGGAGCGCAUCAGGCGCGAAAAGGAGGAGGCCAAGCUCCGAGAGGAGGAAGAGAGGAAGAAGAAGAAGCCUCUCAAGUACCCAUGCGAGGACCUUCUCAUCGAGUAUACUCCCCAGCGUGAGGGAGCCUCUGGCAUGAUUGAGAUUCGACCUACGCCCAACAAGCAGGUUCCAUUUGGCGAACAGUUUGAAAAGUUCCUCCUAUCCUGGAGCUUCCUCAACGUUAUGGGCAAGCCGCUUGGACUAUCGCCAUUCACGUUGGACGACUUUGAGCAGGCACUCUACCACACCGACCCCUACACCGCACCGGUCACCCUCCUCGCGGAAAUCCACGCCGUGCUACUCAAUGCUCUCAUCAAGGACUCGAUCGACGGCCACGAGCCUGUGCGUCCAUUGGCGCUCACUGGACAGAUGCCCGACAAUGACACGGACUACUGGGAGGGAACCAAGGGCGCGACUGCCGAGACCUUGCGUCCCGUCGUUGAGCCGAUGGCCGAAAGCUGGAAGACCAAGGAGCUGUCUCGUCGUGACAACCGCAAGGGCUGGGAGAAUGCGCUCGUCGGGUGCCUUUGGGAGCGCGCAACAUUAGAGACCAUGCCGCAGUACCUGGACAACAUCUUAUACCUCACGUUUGAGGACAAGCCAGCACCUACUCGCCCUACUUGGUCGACUGGACCCAGCUCAAAUACUGGCCAUGGCUUAAUCGCGGCCAAACCGGAUCGCCGUUACACCAGCCUGCACUUUGUGCACAAGCUUAACAUUCUCAACUUUUUGAUCGAGCUUGUGGCACAGACGGCGUUGAUACGCGACUUUAUGGAGGAGGCGACUUCGGCCUUGACCGAGGUCAGGAAGGACCAGGUCGAGCUGAGGCGAGACCUUCGCCGAGUUCGCGCAGAGAGGGACGCUCUGGAGCCGAAGAAGGAGGAGGGCGAGGAGGGAGAAAAUGGCGCCGGCGAGGAGGGCGUCGACGGCGAUGGCGACGUUUCCAUGUCUCUCGUCAAGGACGAAGCGUCGUCUCGCGCCGUCUCGCCCAACGGUCACGCCAACGGACACGACGGAGAUGAGCUGGAGGGGUCCAUGCUCGACGACCGCUCCCGCGCGUCGUCUGUCGCAUCCGACAUCGGCCGUGCAAAGUCGGGCGCCCAGCGUCGAAAAGCCAUGCUGGAGAAGGCCGCUGAGCGUGAAGCCGAGGAGGCCCAAAAGCAAGCCAAGGCAGCACAGGAGCGCAAGGAGUCCAAGGCGAAGAAGGCCGAGCUCAAGCACAUCCAGACUGAGAAGAAGCGUCUGGCCGACGAGGAGGCGGCACUCGACACGCAGCUCAAGCAGCUAGAGUACGACUUCCGCCGCCACUUCUACACGCUGCGGUCUCGCCCCCUCGGAAGUGACCGCUUUGGCAACAAGGUCUGGUGGAUUGACGGCCUCGGCAGCGCGCCGCUUUACAACGAGGCUGGCAAGGUCAUUUGGGGCACGGGGCGGCUGUACAUCCAAGGCGCCGAUGACCUCGAAGUCGAGUUCUGCCGAAUCCCCGCCGAGCUGUCGGAAGAGGACACUGAGGCGCGGCGCGACAAGGAGGAAGGCGAAGGACGACUUGCUCCAGGCCAGUGGGCGACAUACGACACUCCCGAGCUGGCCAACGAGUUCCUCUCUUGGCUCAACGUCCGCGGCACGCGCGAGAUGUACCUGCUGCGCGCGCUCAAGCAGUGGUGGCCCGAGAUUCUGGAGAGCAUCACCCGUCGACGCCUUGCUCAGGGCCUCGAUGCUGUGCCGGAGUCGGACCGCCGUGUUCGCCCAACGCGCCGAGUUGCAGGCGGCGACGAGCCGGAAGGGUACCUUGGCUGGAAGAACAAGCGUGCUGGAGGCGGUAGGGAUUAGGGAGGAGCGCUAGCAUAGAGGCACUCAUGUCAGUGUCUCUGUCACUACAUUUGCAUUGCCGUAGAGCAUAGCCAUGGAUAGCAUUGGUG